GUCAAAAUCAUAUGUAAACUGACCGAUUUGUGAUUAUUUUAGCAGAUUCACGUAAAAGAAUGUCAGGAAAUAAGAAGAUAGAAGAAGGAUUAGAGCACAUAAAAAAUGCCGAGAAAAGCCUCAAAACCUCCUUAUUGAAAUGGCGACCUGAUUAUGAAAACGCAGCAGAUGAAUAUAAUAAAGCAGCCACUUGUUUUCGGAAUGCGAAAGCUUUUGAACAAUGCAAAGACUGUUUACUAAAAGCAGUAGAAUGUCACAAACAAAAUAGAGCGUUAUUUUAUGCUGCGAAAGCUUUGGAUCAGUGUGUACUAAUAUGUAAAGAACUGGGUGACUUACGUGAAGUGGCAAGCUUAGCUGAAAGGGCAGCUAAUAUGUUUCAAUCUCAUGGAAGUGCAGAAUCGGCUGCUUCAUCGUUAGAUAAAGCUGCUAAAAUAUUAGAAUCGCAGCAUCCUGCAGAUGCUUUAAAGCUAUUUCAGCAUGCUGCUGAAAUUUCAAUGGUACAAGACAGUUCAAGGCAAGCCGCAGAAUAUACAAGCAAAGUAGCAAGAUUACACGUUAAAUUACAACAGUACGAUUUAGCAGCAGAUGCAAUUCGUCGUGAAUUAGGAUUACAUCAACAAAGUGAAUCUUAUCAGGCCACUGGCAGAUUAACCGUAGCAUUAGUGUUAGUUCAACUUGCAAGAGGUGACGUUGUCGCAGCAGAAAAAGCGUUUAAAGAGUGGGGCAACUACUGUGAGGGACCCGAAGUACAAACUUUGGAAACAUUAUUACAAGCUUAUGAUGAAGAGGAUCCCGAAAACGCCAAGCGGGCAUUGAACAGUCCGUUUAUUAAACAUAUGGACGUCGAAUACGCUAUCCUUGCUCGAGAUAUGCCGCUACCGGAAGGCCUACCAGUACCACCAAAAGCGAGUGUAAGGGAAAAUGCUGCCCCCUCUUACGAAUCUCCCAUUUCACAGACAGAAAAGGGUAACUCUCGGCCUAACGAAGUGGGAGACAGUGAGCAGCAGGACAAAACUGAGAAGAGUGAAACUAAUGAAGACGAUGAAUACGCAGGUGGCCUAUGUUAAACAUUCAACACCGAAGAACCUCAGAACUUUAUUAGCUUCGUUAUUUAACAACUUAUUUUUACCCAUUUUAUAUCGUUGGGUGCAUAAAUCAUUCCUAAUUCAGUUUUAAUAAUAAUUAUAGGUUUGUUUUGAAUUAAACGUUUGUUAAUUUUAUAAAUUUUAUAUCGAUUCUGUUUAAUAUUCGUUGUAUAUUUUUGGCACAGGGUCACUUUCUUUUAUUAGAUAUGAUAAUUAUAGGGAAAAAUUGCAAUAUAUGUCUAUAUGUUGUGUUGAGUAUAUUUAACAUAAAGAAACUCAUCUGCACCUUCUAAAAUACUGUUUUAGAUAAUAUUCUCGUUUUAUUUAAAUUCGAAGUGAAAUCGGACUUAAAUGUAACUUUUAAAAUGAGAGUUUCGUAAAGAGGAUUAUAAUAAACAAAAAAAAAUCGUUGGUCGUGAAACUAUGAUUGGUUUUUCAAAAUUCAUUUCGUAUGUUGAAGUUGCUAGACUAUCGACGAAAAACAUGCUGGCGAAUGGAUUUGCUUUGCUACAGAUUUAGACUGAAAGCCGUUAAGUGGUAAAUUUACCAUAUCAAUUAUUCCAUAUUUAAGAUAAUUGAAGUUUAACUUUAUUUUUCUCUAAAAUGCCUACCACAGUAGCGUCGCCAAGGGGGGGCAGCUGCCCGCUACAGUUAGCUUGAGCCGCGCUCAAAUGCUUCGGUUUGACGCACAAUUAAAAAUGCAGAAGUGGCUAAAAUGAACCACAGUAUUUUUUUAUUGUAAAUAUGAGUC